UGGAACAAUGAGGAGAGGCACAUAGCUUAAAUCGAAUAACAAGGACAAGGUCAUACUAUUGGACACCUUCACUCUUGCCGACUACAACUCCUCAACCCACUUCUGCAGGCUGUUUCCUGAACACACUCUGGUGCUGCAUUAACGCCUCUCAGACCAAGGAAUCGAACCUGUCCAUCCUCACUCAGCGACAGAGCAGCACACAUUAAUCACAUUACAUCAGUUAAGAUGUCAUACGGAGGAGGGGACAAGUGCGACGGCUGUAAAAAGACGGUUUACUCCGCAGAGGAGGUGCGCAGUGAAGGACGGAGAUUCCACAAGACAUGCUUCGUAUGCUCCGUGUGUCACAAAAGCUUGGACAGCACGACUGUUGCUUCUCAUAAUGAUGACCUCUUCUGCAAGUCGUGCUAUGGCAAGCAGUUCGGGCCAAAAGGCUACGGUUAUGGUGUGGGAGCAGGAGUCCUCAGCAUGGACAAGGCAGAGUCUUAUGGUCCAACACAUGAAGAACCUCGUCCUCGCUCUACCAACAGCCCAAAGCCAUCCCAGCAAGCCUCGAGGUAUGGAGGGUCAGAAAAGUGCGCUCGCUGCGGCAAGUCAGUCUAUGCCAAUGAGAAAGUGAUUGCAGCUGGGAGUUCGUGGCAUAAGAAUGGCUGUUUCAGCUGCGCCUCGUGUGGGAAGGGCCUCGAGUCGACCACGUUAAAUGACAAGGACGGACAAAUCUACUGCAAAGGAUGCUAUGGAAAAGAAUUUGGUCCCAAGGGAUAUGGAUAUGGAGGUGGCGCCGGGGCACUGACCAACACUCAGUAGAGGCCGCUGGGAUCUCCACCAGGCUGACUGGUUUCCAGAGAACUAUACUACUGUCUUCUUCCUGCAGGGGGAAUACUACUGCCAAUAUACUUGCACCUGACUAACAUAUGAUUGACUUUAAUGCUGCAUUAUAAACCUACAGAUAAAAAUGUAACACCACUGGAGUAAAGUUUAAAGAUAAUGAUAUUUUUUGCUGUUACAAUGACGCCACAUUUAAUAUUGAGUUACAUAGCUAUUGACAAUUUAUUGCUGAUUUGUACUCUCUGCUCUAAGUGAAUUUGAUCUUCU